AUGAGUCUAGAGGAUGUGGUGAAUUGUUUACAGAAAAUAUUUUCUCCACUAACAUCAAAUGCUGACCGCACGCUAUGCCACCAGGUUACGGAGGAUUACAAAGAAUCGGGUUUUAAGUUAGGCGAUCUUGAAUACUUCUGCUCAUCAGAGCAGGAAGCCCCUGUGAUACUUUUCGGCCUCAAAUGUCUCGAACACAGAGUGAAACGGAAAUGGGCGGCUCUGACCACGGAAGAAAAGCAGGAAAUUCGUCACUGUAUAUGCCGCUUUGUCACCAAUGUUGACAACAUGAUGUGCCGAAACAGCGAAAGCAAUGCUGUCUGUCUCUCUGUAACCCAAAUAUUGGUUCACUUGAUAAAAUGUGAGUGGCCUCAGAAGUGGCCAUUAAUGAUUUCAGAGCUUAUUAACAUAGGAAAGAAUGGGAUACUACAAUCUCUCGUCGUGUUUGAUAUUUUUCGUCGACUAUCAGAAGACAUUUUAUUCUUUCCCGACGUUCCUGUUAAACGCCGUCGCGAACUAUGCGCGGUGCUUUCGGACAACGUGCCGCAAAUCACAAAUUUUGCACUUGAUUCUAUAUUUUCUGCCGUCAAGUUUCAUACGUCGUUAGAAAUUGACUUCAACGAAGACACGGUUAAUGCUCUGCGGUCAGCACUUAUGCUUCUAUCCACGCUCUUUGAAUGGUGCAACCUAAUGCCCCUAAUUGAGUGGAGGGCUCCCGAACAGUUUCCCUCGUCCUUGGAAACCGUACGGAGUAUUCAACUCCUUCUUCUUCUUCUUCGUCUCCCAAAACUACGCAUUGAAGCAGCUGAUAUCUUGGGUGUCAUGCUCACCAAGAAGCAGUCCGAUGCGGUAGCAGAAAGGAACAAGUCGGUUGACAACACUCUCGCAUAUACCCAUUUCUUCGCAUUUACCGUCCCCAGCGAUCAAAACCCGAUUGAUAUAAUUCUAGACAUUUCCAGAUCUGCAUUUACCAUGACGGAGUUCGACGAGAAUGCCUGUAAAUUUAUGCGUCGAUGGUCGGAGGUGAUUUCCCUAUUGGGUACUCAGGUUGUUGACGACUGGGCAUAUUUCGAGGGCAAGGGUCCAGCUGCUCUUAAGGCUUUUGACCUUCUCAUCCAGGCAAACGUUUUUGCUGCUGCUCAUCCUUCCAGACGAUCGUUUCCCGCUACCACUGAUCCUGUAUCCUCCUGGUUUUACGCAAACUGUGAAAAGGAUGACUAUUCAGACUUCCUGACCAAAACAAGAAGCUACGUAAAAUUAAACUGCCUUCUUUUUUCCGCAUCUCUGUGGCCCACAGAGGUUCUGCGCUAUCUAAUUGAUUGGCACAAGCGGAUGCUGGGGGAAGUUCCUAAGCCAGAAGAUUUGAUUAUCUCCUCCCAACCUUUCAUCAGUCGCACCUCUGACCUAAUCCGACAAUGGGAGGCGCUAAGCUUUGCCAUGGACAAGACCGUGGCCUGUGCCUACUCUGGCAAUGUGCUUACCUCCAGGAUCGCUGCCGUCAAUACACCCACACCAUUAACGUCACCAGCGGAGCGGGAGGCAGGUCAAAGCAUCCUCCUCGCUCACAUCCGCUACUGCUUCGCUAACACUGUCGCCGACCUCCCCGCUGAUCCCGGAAUGAGGCAGUACUACCUCUCCGUCCUCCACACCCUCGUCAUCAGUUGUACGGAGGGAAGCCCAGAGUUUGCUCUCCAUCUACUAAUGCAGGACUUUGCCACCCUGCGCUACAGCCCCUACGUGGUGAGCACCGGGCGGACCGCCGCCGUCGCUGCUCCAAAAAUCCCCAAGUACCUCAAUAUUCGUUGCCAGAGUGUGCGUUAUCUGCACAUGUGCGUCGGAGUCAAUGUCUUUCGUCUUGUCCGUGCCCAAACCUCCGCCAUGCUGCCUUACUUCGACUCCUUCUGCUCCGAGCUCAACGAUAUUUGGACGAACGGGCAUGGAGGGCUGGGAGAGCGGUGUCUUCUCUUGGAGGUUAUCAUAUAUCUAGCACUACGUCUUCCCUGCACCUUUGCGGAGCAACGAGAGAAGCUAGCCACUAUACUUGCCGGCGUGCUUACGGAAUGGAACAAGUCUGAGAGUCCCCUCGUGGUCUUUGGAGCUAAGAAGGCGGAGAGUCAGGAGGAGGAAGAGUCUAAGGGAGGGGUGGAUAGGUUGCUGGAGUACUUUGGCCUCGCGAUGGAUGCUGACGAGAUCUUAGGAAGUACGGACUUCCUCGCGGAGAGGGUUGCUACUCGUCUAAAGUUGCGAUGGAUCUCGUUAGCCACUGUUGCCAUCAUGCGUCAGUUGAAUGGGGCUCUUUCUCCUGAGCAGAUGGAAAAUGUGUCCGUUCCCCUGAUCGAGACGUUGGUCAUUCCUGCCUUCAAUCUGCUUAGGACCUUGAACAUGCUUUGGCAGCCGAGGACCGCACAACACUGCCACCCCUCAAUGCGAUCGGUGCUGGAGGUGACGUAUUUUGACAUGGCUCUGCAAGCGAACAUCAAGUUGAAGAACCCGGUCAAGAACUCCGAUCCCGAGAGCCUUGUGACAGUCGUGUACCAUGAGAUAUCGGAGGACUACAUGUCCAAACUGCAGUCCUUUCUGGCGCAACUCUAUGAAGCCACCAUCCACAUCUGCGACCUCGUGUUAGCGAUCACAUCGAGUCGUUUCUACGCUCUACCUACGGAUCAGCUAAACCAGCUGCUCUACAACUAUGUUUGCCCCAGCAUCGACUCCAUGCCUGAUUUUCGACUGCUCCAGCUACUGCGCCACUUGAUAAUUCCCUAUGUGCGCUUUUGUCCCGCCGAACAUAUCGGCACUGCCAUUGUUCCCCUCAUGCCUUACAUUCUCGACGCGCUUUUCCAGAAAGUAAACAAGAGCUGGGCCGUUAUCAAGCUUGUCAACAAAGACGAGGCUGAUGAGCAGGAGGCAGUCAAAGAGAUCUUCAUUGAAGAGACUGUUCGCUCACUCUCGACAAGCCUGAUCGAAAUCACUCGCACUCUGCUGGCAUUCACAGGGGCACGUGCGCGACGAUCGGAAGACGCGGAUACGGAGGGGGCGGAGGUAGUGGAAGGUGAAACUGAGCAGGAGGGAGAGAUGGGGGUGGCGGCAGCGGCGUCAGAACCUAUUGAGUUCGGUCCGGUGGCAAGGGCCUUUCUCAUUGACUGGGGUGCUAGUGGCAGUGGUGGCCGUGGAGAGAUGUUUGUUCGCAUUGCCUCGUGGCUGACGGCGGCGGUCACUUGGCCUGACAGUAAAGUGUGCACCAAGGCUGCCACUCUUCUGGUCAAGGUCAUAGACUAUACGCUACAUAGGGACGGCCCAAGCACCCACCCCACAUUGCCAGCCGAGCUCGCCUCCCAAUUGUUGAUUGGUGGGUUACGAGCCCUCCAAACUAAUGGCCAGUUCCUGUCAGAGGUUGGGCCCCCCCUCUUCAAUCUGGUCGGUCGCGCCGUCGCACUGAUUGAUGGGGGUCCUGAGGGAGUCACUGUCCACCUGGAACCCAUUCUACUCUCCGCUCUGCGUAACUGUCAGGACACUACACCAGCCAGUCAGCAUUCUGUGGAAAUUAGGAAAUACACAGAGUUGGUGUUUAAUCGAACUAAAACGCCGUCAGAAAAGGUGCUUCGAGAGCGUUUGAAAACUUUGCUGAAGCCUAUAAUCGGGAUUCCCUUGGCGGAGCAGCACAAUCAAACUCUUUCGAUCAGUGCGCUAGAACCACUAAGAAGGCCCAGUUUGCGUUCAAGGCGACGUCAACGACAGCGGCAGGAGGCGAGCGUGGGGACUCGCAUUGAGCUGGCUGUCCAAGCGUUGGCUAGUCUCUUUGAAGUCAACUCAAAAGAGUCAGCGCCUAAACAAAACCUUCGAGAGAUGGGCGAAUUAGGCCGUGAAGACAUAACUGAAUACAAGGAAAAACUCAAGACAAUUUGUGGACCUUCGGGGCUUAGUCUAUACGAUGCGCUAAAGAAAUGCUUACGCAAAUUCAUCGCCGGAGAGUGCAAAGAUAUACAAGACACAGCAGACUUCAUCGAGGAUUUCCUGAACAAUGAACCAAAAUUUAUAAGCACUAUUGAGAGGCAGUUAGACGAUAUUGAUCUAGGGUAUUUGAGGGAGGAAAAGGCUGUUUUGGAUCAAUUUACCAAAGACUCUGAGCCAGAAGAUGAAGAUAUAAUUGUUCAAGACAUUCGUGAUAUCUCAAACAUGCUUAAAUGUACAGGCGAAGGUCUAGAUCCGAGUGAACAUUUCAAAUUAAAACUUGCAUUCAAAAAGAUAAUUGCAGAUAACCCCAUUGAGAGUAUUAGAUUUUGGGGAAAGAUUUUUGGAACCCAUAAUGACUAUUAUAUUAUUGAGUGUCAUCUUAGUAACUUUGAUAUUUCUGAGGACAAUGUGAAGAAGGAGAUUGUAUCUGAAGAUACUGAAAGUAAUGGAAGGGGGUUGGAUGAAGAUCCACCUCUUCCUAAAUCGAUUUGGAAGCCCCCGCCAGAAACACCAUCGGAGGAGGUUGGCGAGGGAGUAAAUUCGCGUGUUUACUUCGUGAGUAAUCACCCCUGUGGGCCUUACUCGCGUCUCCCACAUGCUGAACCGAAACACAUCGUUGCCUCGAGGCUGAUUUUCAGCCACUUCACCGGUGACCUCACUGUUAGUGUGGCUAGUUUCCCGCCCUUUCCGGGUACUGAGGCGCAUUACCUACGUGCACAGAUCGCACGAAUCAGCGCGGCCACGCAUUUAGCCCCUCGAGACUUCUAUCGCCUUCGCCUAGACAACCAUGGCGGCGAUGAAGGCGAGGAAAGUGAAGAGAUGGUGGAGGUGGAGUGUGAGGAGAACGAGGAGUAUAUAGCACAACCGGUGGAUGAGAUGGAGCUGGAGCAGUGGGUUCACUGUAGACCCUACAUUUUGCCGCAAGGUCGGGUUACUUGGUGGAAUCCCCUUGAUGCAGAGAGCGAAACCGAGUCCAACGGCGACAGUGGCGAUGACACAGUGCCGCCUCCGCGGGGGCUUAAUGUGGAGUCGCAGCCCGAGCUAGGUCCACCGAUCCUCACUCCAAUCACCGAAGAUAUCGAGGUGCAAGGACAGGUUCCCUGGACAAUGCGACGCUAUCUAGGAGGCCUCUAUCUCCGCGUCUCGUCGCUCCUCUGGCCCGGCGCACACACGAUUGCUCGAGAGGGGGCGUUUGAAAACAUCUACGUUGGAUGGGGCUUAAAAGCAACGGGUCCCGCUGGAUUCCAGACAUCUCUGCCUGCAGUUCAGUGCGAGACACUUGAGGAGCCAGUAGAGCAGACGGACCCUACGCCAGAGGAGGAGGCGGCAAAGGAAGAGGAAGGGGGGAGGGAUGAUGAAGAGGACAGCAUCGACAACAGUGACGAAGAUGAUGAUGACAAGGAGGAAGAGGAGGAUUGA